UUCUACUUUCGAGAAUAAUUUAAGAAAGUUUUUAUAAUAAUGCAUAUGACAGCAUACAGAAUCUAAACCGCCAAUUUACUAAACCAAAUAAAAAUAGCUAAAUUAACAGCACUACUCUUAAUAACUUUCAAAAAUAAUUAACAAAUCAAAACAAACGAAAAGCAUGUCGGCGAAAAAAUUAUUUGCAUUGGAUUUUGAAGUUUUUGGCAAAGUACAAGGUGUAUUUUUUCGAAAAUAUACAGAAAAACAAGCUAAACUACUUGAUCUAAGAGGCUGGUGUAUGAAUACCGCAGAUGGCACAGUUAAAGGUCAAUUAGAAGGUCCACAAAAUGAAUUGAACGAAAUGAAAUAUUGGCUACAAAACAAAGGUAGUCCGAGUUCUCGUAUCGACAAAGCAGUUUUUAGUGAAAUACGUCCUAUAGAAAAUUACACAUUUCAAACAUUUGGUAUUAAACGUUAAAUAAUUGUCAAUCAAAUCAAUUAAAGAACCGAAAUAAAUUUAAGGUAUGUAAAAUUGAAGAAAAUAUGGAAAUGAGUGUGAACUGAAUUAAAUAUAUGAGUGUAAAUGUGUUGAUAUUAUUUUAAAAGACUUACUCCCGUAUUCAUCGCUUUUUUAGCUUAAGUACACACAUUUUCCAUACAAAGUUCCAACAAUAAACCAUCAAUAACUUUAUUAAGUAUUUAUGAGUAGGGUGGUAAAACUUUUCUGUCUUAAGGUCCUUCCAAUUGGAUUUUGAACUCCUCAGUUAUUUAGAGUUUAAAAGUUGGUAUUUAUCUAUCUACCUAUCUAUCUAUUUAUCUAUCUAUCAAUCUAUAUAUCUAUCUAUUUAUCUAUCGAUCUAUCUACAUAUAUAUCUUU